AUGUUGCGAUGGUCUUCGGCAACGGAGGAUGCAGGAAGUGGCUUCAUGGAGAGCACGUUCGGCACCGGGUUAACGUUGCAGGAUCGGUUGUGUAAGGCCAGCGAUGGGACGGGAUGUGCGGGGGCAACAAUGGCUCGAGGAGUCUGGUACGAUGAGGCAGCAAUGACGCGUGAGAUGGGUCCUGCGGAGACAGCGACGGCGUGCGAAGGUUUGGUGGGAGUUAUAUCGUUGCUUACAGGGAGGGCUGGUCCAAGUGGCUUUGGAUCAGCUUCAACUGCAGAGGAGGUUACUCAUGGAAUUGAUGCCUCCAACCUCACUGCUAUUAUCACUGGAGGAGCAAGUGGCAUUGGAUUGGAGACAGCGAGAGUGCUGGCUCUGAGGAAUGUACACGUCAUCAUUGGUGUACGGAAUACAGUUAGUGCGAAGAAGGCGAAGGAAGAGAUUGUUGAGCAGAAGCCGUCCGCCCGUGUUGACAUUCUGAAGCUCGAUUUGUGCUCUCUCACAUCUGUUGCUUCUUUUGUCCACAACUUCCUUGCUCUUCAUCUUCCUCUCAAUAUCUUAAUAAACAAUGCUGGAGUCAUGUUCUGCCCUUUCAAGCUGUCAGAGAAUGGGGUUGAAACACAGUUUCAUACUAACCAUCUUGGACAUUUCUUGUUGACAAACUUGCUCCUCGAGAAAAUGAAACAAACUGCGGAAGCCACAGGAAUUGAAGGGAGGAUAAUAAAUUUGUCAUCAAUUGCCCACAACUACACUUACAGAAAGGGGAUUAGAUUUCAAAAGCUGAAUGAACGAAAAGGUUAUGAUAACAAGAAGGCGUACGGCCAGUCCAAGUUAUGCAACAUACUGCACUCAAAUGAGCUUUCUCGUCGCCUACAGGAAGAGGGUGUGAACAUCACUGUUAACUCGGUCCACCCAGGAAUCAUAAUGACUCCUCUUAUGAGACACUCUUCUUACCUAAUGCAUUUCCUAAAGAUCUUCACCUUUUACAUAUGGAAGAACGUUCCACAGGGAGCAGCCACGACAUGCUAUGUUGCUCUGCACCCAAGCGUGAAAGGUGAAUCUGGCAAGUACUUUGUGGAUUGCAAUAAGGUUAAACCAAGCAAAUUUGCCUCAAAUGAACAGCUUGGAAGGAAACUCUGGGAUUUCAGUGAAAGACUCAUCAAUUCAAUUUCUAAAGCUUAAGUAACCUUUUGCUGUUUGUUUGGGACAGAAUCCUAGUCAAGUUCUCAAGUCUAUCCAUCAAAACCCAUUACUAGUUGUUAUCAUAAUUUCUCGUUUUAUACGAUGUUUCCCAGACAUUUUCUCUAUGUUGACUUUGAAUUUAUGUGUGUAAUUUAAAGGGUGGACUUAAUAGUUAUGAAUUGGAUUUUCUGAUAAA